UUUAAUAUUCAUCACCCAAAAGUAAAACAUAAAUAAAUAAGUUUUUUGAUUGGAAGUGGCAAAUUUGUUUAAAGCUUAAUCUCAAAAUGAAAUGCUUGACUUCAUUUCUCUUGGCUGUUUUGUGUGUAAAUUUAAUAAAUUCCAUUCCAUCUACGGAUGAAGACUAUCUGGAAGCAGUGAAAGAUGUUAAAUACCUUUUUGGUGAAGGAAGUGGACAUAUUGAACCGGAGGAAGUGCCAAGGUCCAGUACACCAAGUGAAGAGUUGACUUCAAGUUUAUCCCUUGGAUCAAUUGUUGAUGGUUUUGUUGGACUUUAUGAUGCAACUACUGAGGAUAUAUCAACGUCUACUACUGAGACUAUAUCGACUACAACUCCUGAGGAUCUAUCGAUGUACACAAAGAAUAAUCUUUUAAGGAUACUUAGUACUAGAGUUAAUGAUCUUCAAAUGCAAUUUAUUGAACAGCAACAAGAAAUUUUUGAUAAAAGCAAAAGCUCCCGAGAUGAGCAUGAAAUUUCGAGUUUUACAUACAUUAACUUGUUUCAAAAUAAAUAUGAUAAGGAAGUGAACGAAUUGAAUGAGAAAAUUAGACGUUUAGAGUCCAAAAGAUCAGAAAUUGAGACUUCAAUUCAAGAGUAUUUGAUGAAUGAAACUGAAAAUGUAGAAAAAUUAAAAACACGCAAAAAAAUGUUACAAAGUUUCAAAGAUCAAGGCUGCGAUGAAUGUCACGGAUUUCUGGAUGAUAACGCAAUCGAUGAAGAACUUAAAAAUAUUGAUAAGAAAAUAGGUAAACUAGAAAACAAAGCAGACGCGAUUAGAGACCAAAAAGAACCACUUGAUACGAAAGAAAUGCAAGCGUUAAACUCAAAAUAUGUGGAACUGAUUCAAAUUUAUGAAAAGGAAAUUCAGGAACGAAAAAAGAAGGAACAUUUUGAGUUGAUCAAUAAAAUGAUCCAAGAAAAAUUGAUGAACUAUACAGAAGUCAUUGAACAGAACUUUAAGGAAGAAUUGAUAUCACGGCAAAAUUUCGCAGAGAAUUUCCUUGACAUUCGAAAAUUGCAAUUAAGUACGAUUGAUCAAAGUGAUAACGAUGCUGAAGAAAAUACAGGAGCAUGUCCAACUAAACAUUUUGAAUGGAGAUCUUUCGAAAAUAGAGCAGAUACAGAAAAAAAUGGAGUUUUAGCUGGUGUUGAUCUGGACGGAUCUGAACUUUAUGUUAUUCGUAGAAAGUCAGGAACCCCUAAAUUAUAUGGAAAAGUUGCUUUAAGGCCUUCCAGGAAUGACGCCUAUGUCACUAAAGAUUCUUCUGAAAUUGCCGUUGAUGAUGUUGAUAUCUUGGUUUCCAAAAACUUUAAAUGGCUCAGCUCAAAUAAAAAUCGAAUUGUUGAUGUUAUGCCUCCAAUUUGUAGAGCUAAAAAAGACAAUUUAUUUGUGCCUGGAACAGUGUUGGAAGAUGGAAGAUGUCGAAUUGGUUUUGGAUUUGGUAUUAUCAUGUUUGAUAAUAAUUUUGAAAUUCUUACUUUUCCUUCAUGUAAAAAAUUCGAUUUGAAAAGUGUAAAGAAAUGGUAUUGAAUACAAAUAUAUUUUGUAAGUGAAAUUUUUGUAGACUUUUUGUUAAUUAAUUCAUGCAGGAGUGAAUAAAUUUCAUUGGAUAAAUAGAUUUCAACGUUUUGAAUGAGAAAUAGCAGUUG